AUGGCCACCAGAUCGAUCCCGGAAGACUCUUUUAAGGACUGGAAAGCCUUUGAAUUGCCCGAUGCGUCACUGGGAAAGGAUACGCGGGUGAUCACAAUUCAGUGGAAUACAAAAGGAACAAGACUGGCUUACGCCAAAACAGAUAAAAGUCUGAAGAUCUGGAGACUUUCAAACUUUACGUGCUCACCAGUUGCAACACUAGCCAAUUGCCAUGAUGCUCCUGUUGAAUCGAUAUCAUGGGAUCCCACAAAUGAAUUACGACUGGCCACUGUUGCCCGUGGCUCCAUAGUCAAAGUAUGGGAACUCAGUAAUAACGGUCACAACCUUCUGCAUAGUAUCAGAUUGAACUCUAAAGAUGAGAACAAUCUUGUUGUUUUCUCGCCGUGUGGCUCGUUUUUAGCUGUCGUCAAUAGAGCCGGAAAUGUCUCCAUUCUUGAUGCAACCAAUGGUUUCGAAUUGCUCCACCGAAUUGACCACGCCAAAGAGCACGUGUACGAUCUCGCCUGGGCUGGACCCGGCGCGUUCCUUGCUGCACUAAGUACUGGUGAUGUGCGGUUGUACCGAUUUGACCCGGGUUAUAACGGUAUCGAAUUGGUGCAUACUUUAAAGGGCCACCAGUCUGCAGCGACAAGCGUGAGGUGCGAUCCACGCGGAAGGUACGUUGCUAUUGGCACAAACGAGGGAACGGUUUCACUUUGGGACACCCAGCACUUGAUCAGUGUUGGAACGAUUACGGGAGUUGAUGAGCCAAUAGGGUCAAUCGAAUUUUCUCCAGACGGGAAGUAUAUGGCGGUGACCUACGAAUACGACUCACCAGGUCGAAUCUUCAUUCUUGAUGGUUUGAGAGAGGUUCACCAGAUUUCGCAGUGUGUGGGCGGAAAUACCAUUCCCCAGGCCAAGUUCAGCCCGACCCACCCGUUCGUUGUGUGCUCAGGUGAUCUUCUUCACGGAAAGUGUGCCCUAAUGGGAGUAAGGUUGGUUGUGAAAUAG